AUGAAAUUGUCUCCAAUAUGUUAAACAUUAAUCCACUCCAAAUCAAACCCCUUGUCUCCAGUCAUUCAGAACAUCAAAAAGCACAGCGUCCAUAGCAUUGAAAACGAAAAAAAGGACAACAACAAUCAGUUAGAAUUGAGAAUUAAUCAAUUAGUGGAAGAAAACAAAAAGGUUAAUCUCUAAUUGAAUGAUAAAAUUAAAGAAAAUGAAUAAUUAAGAGGCCAAAUCAUGGAAUAAGAAAUUCAAAUCAAUAAAUUAAAAGGCAUUGAACAUGAACUCAUAUUGGUCAAAGAAAUAUCUGAUAUUAGAUUCCAAGAUUAUGAAAAAUCCAAAUUAUAAGCGGAACAUUUAUAUUAAGAAUUAACAGACAUUUAAUCAGUAUUCUAAGACUCCUCUAAUAAGCUCAUGCAACAAUCAGAGGAAAUUCAAUAAUGGAAAAUCAGAUACGCUGAAUUAGAUUCAACAAGACUCUAAUAAAUGCAAGAGUUGAAAUAAAAGGUUCUUUAAUAAUAGGAAGAGGAUGAGUAAAAGUAAUCAUUUCUUAAAGUUAUCACUGAAAUGGAAAAAACUAUAAUAUCUUUACAGGAUUAAUUGAAAUAGAAGGAUGAUUCAUUAAAAUUGGCUAAUGAUGAUCUCAAUCAAUGGAAAAUUAAAUAUUCUAAGGUUUAAGUCUAGUAAAAGUAACUUGCCAAUGAUAAGGAAAAAGAUUAGAAAAUAUAGAUGCUAAUAGAUGAAAUCGAACGAUUAAAUGAUCUAUUAGGCUAAAGAAAUGAUGAAAUAUAUACACUCAAAAGAUUGGCAGAAAAAACUGCCCAGCUGAUUUCGAUCAGUUAAAGAGCAUAAAGAUCAGCAAGUGGUCAAAAAUAUAAAUGA